GCUCAGUAAUGAGAGUAUCGAGGGGGAGUUCAAUUGAAAGAGCCUAAAAAAUGAGGAUGGAUUGAAGGGAGGUAUCGUCUCUUCUUUUUGUUCCUUCUUUUGAUCGUGACCUCAGUUUUCGCUUUUGCCUUUUUCUCUUUUCGGUGUUGGAGAUUGGGAUUAAGGUUUAUAGUCGUUGGAGGUUUCUUGAUUUGGAGUCAUCUGGCGGGCAGAGAUCUUGAUUUGGAAGCUUCAAAGUUGGCGCCUUUCUUUGGCAUCCGGCCGGAUUUGUCUGCUCCGCUGCGUCGAGCUGAGGACUAUUGCGGCGCAGAUUUGGGAAAAGAAGCGCGUCCUGAGCGGCGAAACGAGGGAAGGUUUGUAUUCUUGAUGGAUUUUUUACGCCUUUGGGGAGCUCAGGGUUCAUGUCUAUGAAAUCGAGGAACCUAAAGUCCGCUUCUCGGGAGGUUUUUCUGGGUGCUCGAAGAAUUUGGAGGCUGUUGUGCGCGAUUUCUGAGGGAUCAUCGUCGCUUUGGUUCUGAAGCAUUGGUCGAAUUUUAAAUCAUAGAUUGGGGGAAAACGGUGUUCUUUGUUUUGAGAUCGUCGUUACUAAGAAAGUUCAAGAGAUUUUCUUGACGCCUUUUGUCGACUCCCCGAUCAGAUUUCUGAGUUGAGGCUGCGGUGAAGCUCUUCCUGUUUGCUAGGGUUUUCGUCGUAUGAUUUGAGAAAUCAAAGAGUUUGUUACUAUACCAGAUUCACUUUCUUUUUUCCUGUCCGUUUCCUCGCCAAAAAAAGCAGUAAGUACAUUCACGAGAACAGUGCUUUCAUGCCUUUUUAUUAUAUCGUCGCCUUUUCUCCUCGCUCUCUGCUUCGGAAAAGGACCAUCUUUUCGACAAGAGAUCCCCGCAGCAACUGUAUUCUAGUUCUUCGAAACAUCUAACGUAUGAGGUAGAUGAGAAAAUCAGAUUAUGAUGCAGGUGAGAUCGACGAACAGUCGAGGAUUCGGGGAUAUAGAGGGGCAGUAAAGAACAAGGGAAAGCUGUACUUUCUUGUGGUUGGUCGAAGUGAAAUCAUCUCGUUUCAUCUAAAUAGGUCAAAAGUGUCUUUUCUCUUUGUUCUUGAUCUGAACACCGGAAACAACAGUUGGUAUGCGUGAAGGUGUUUGUUAUCUGCAUGAGCCUGGUCGAAUCAGUGUAUUAGUGAAGGAAAAGACAUCUCUUUCUUCUCUUUUUGCGACUCAUAAGAGUAGGUCUGGCUUCUGAGAAGUUGCUAUGGAGGCGAGGGCCUAGUCAAGACGGUUGUGUUUGAGUAUAGCAGGAGAAAUGAGUGCCAACCAGCAGCAUCACAAGCUGGGGAAGACUGCUAAUGGCUUUGAUGCUACUGAGAAGGUUGUUGUUGCAGUCAAGGCCUCAAAAGAAAUCCCAAGAACAGCACUUGUAUGGGCUUUAACGCAUGUUGUUCAGCCUGGUGAUUGCAUAAUGCUCUUGGUUGUGGUUUCACCCCACAGUCCUGGUAGAAAACUAUGGGGGUUCCCAAGAUUUGCUGGGGACUGUGCUAGUAGUCACAGGAAGUCCCAUUCUGGCACUGCUUUGGAGCAGAAGUCUGACAUAAGUAAUUCUUGUUCUCAGAUGAUGCUGCAACUUCAUGAUGUUUAUGAUUCAGAUAAGAUAAGUGUCAAGAUAAAGAUCGUCACUGGGUCACCUUGUGGUGUGGUGGCUGCAGAAUCCACACGAGUUCAGGCAAACUGGGUCGUACUAGACAAACAGCUGAAGCAUGAGCAGAAGCAUUGCAUUGACGAACUGCAAUGCAAUAUAGUUGUUAUGAAGCAUUGUCAACCUAAAGUUCUUCGCUUAAAUCUAGUAGGAUCUCAUGAGGAAGAGCCCCAGUUGCCUUCUAAGUUAGAUAAGACAAAGACUGAUAAUGACAUCAAAGGUUCUCAGAAUUUCAGUAGAGGACCAGUUGUAACACCAACUAGUAGUCCUGAAUUAGAGACAUCAUAUACCACUACUGAAGCUGGGACCUUCUCGGUGUCAAGCUCAGAUCUUGGAAAUUCUCCCAUUUUUUCCACUGUUAAGAAACAGGAGCAUACAAGUGUGAAGGAAAUCAGGAAUUUAGAUGUAUCUACCUCUGAUUCUGACAGUGAGAGUCUGAGUCAUACGAGAACAGAAUUUCAGCCCUGGAUGGCAGAGGUUUUUGGUAAUGGCUGCCCAUCUUCAAAGGAGAUUCAGGAAUUAUCACAUGCACUUGAUACCAAAGCUCGUAUUUCUACAACAAAAGCCUUGUUGGAUAAGUUUUCUAAGCUGGAUAACAAAUCUGAAAUUGGUUCUUUAAGUUACAGAUCAGAUUUAAACUUCAUUGGGAAUGUCAGAGAAGUAAUUUCUCUAUCUAGAAAUGCACCUCCAGGACCACCUCCUCUAUGUUCAAUAUGUCAGCACAAGGCACCUGUGUUCGGAAAGCCUCCUAGGUGGUUCAGCUACUCAGAGCUAGAACUUGCUACAGGUGGGUUUUCUCAAGCAAACUUCUUGGCUGAGGGUGGGUUUGGAUCUGUGCAUAGAGGUGUCCUGCCAGAUGGUCAAGCAAUUGCAGUCAAGCAACAUAAACUUGCUAGUUCCCAGGGUGAUCAAGAAUUCUGCUCGGAGGUGGAAGUUCUAAGCUGUGCACAACAUCGCAAUGUUGUGAUGUUGAUUGGAUUCUGUGUUGAAGACAGGAGAAGGUUGCUGGUUUAUGAAUAUAUUUGCAAUGGCUCAUUGGAUACUCAUCUUUAUGGCCGUAAUCGGGAACCUCUGGAAUGGUCUGCUAGACAAAAGAUUGCUGUAGGAGCUGCUCGGGGGUUGAGAUAUCUUCAUGAGGAGUGCAGAGUUGGUUGCAUAGUCCAUCGGGACAUGAGACCGAAUAACAUUCUUAUAACCCAUGAUUUUGAACCGUUGGUUGGUGAUUUUGGCCUAGCGAGAUGGCAGCCUGAUGGUGACCUUGGCGUGGAAACAAGAGUCAUAGGCACCUUUGGAUAUCUUGCUCCAGAAUAUGCCCAAAGUGGGCAAAUUACGGAAAAAGCUGAUGUGUAUUCCUUCGGGGUGGUACUACUGGAGCUUGUUACUGGACGUAAAGCUGUUGAUAUUAAUCGACAAAAGGGCCAGCAGUGCCUGACUGAAUGGGCUCGGCCUUUGCUUGAAGAAGAUGCAAUCGUUGAGCUCGUAGACCCAUGCUUGGGGAACUGCUACUCUGAACACGAGGUCUCCUGCAUGUUGCAAGCUGCGUCAUUGUGCAUUAGGCGUGAUCCUCACUCAAGACCUCGAAUGUCUCAGGUUCUUAGAAUAUUGGACGGAGAUGUGGUCAUGGAUUCAGGCUAUACUUCCACGCCUGCAUAUGCCAACGGAAACCGGAGUGGAUGGAUGUGGCCUGACCGGCAGCAGCAACAACUUAGCAUUCCAGUCAAACAGGCUUCACAGGUUUCGGCUGGCAGCAAAUCCUACGAGGCUUUACGGACAGCCUGGGAAAGAGAGAGGGAGGGUAUCUUGCGAAGAUGUUAAAGUUGGAACAGAACUAUUAUAUGCCUAUGUGCCGUGUGCAAUGUGUAUUCCCAUAGAUUGCUCUUUUAUUCACCUUUUCGUGCUGUAUUCAUCACUAUAUCUGUAUUGUAUGUUAGCACAUUUUGUUAGGUUCUUUUGACUCUCAAUACGCUGCUACUAAUCAUGUCUAUGUUCAUGUUUGGAGAUGGAUUCGUUGAUAUAUGUAACCCUUGUGCAUGUGGCCCGUCCCUUAGCACAUUGUGAUCUCAAA